AAUUUGGGUAAAGGAAUACAUCUAUCGCCAUCUUCCUGUCAUUCUCUCCCACACGCUACUCUCUUCUCUGAUCUUCUCUCCCUCGAAUCCCAGUAGCAUCCAGUAGCUAACAUCUGAUAUCAGACUAGCGCAAUCCGGGAUCGUCAUCCGCGUUCGAUUGCUGUGGUCGGAAUGGAAUCCGCGAUGCAUCAUAUUCUGGAAGCUUUGGGUCAGAUGGAGGAGCGAUUGACGGCAACGCUGGAAGGCAGAUGCGGCGCACUCGAGCAACGCAACACAACGGCCAUGGCGCAUCUGAGGCGCGGCUGCGUCGGGCUGGGCGAUGGCGCGUGCGCGUCAGUGGCCACGGCCAUGGACAACUUCUCCUUCGACUCGUUCAAGGGCCCCACCACUACCACCACCUCCGCCGCCGCCGCGCUACAGUACGACAACGACGAGCUGGUCCUCGAUGCAGGGCCUAUUUUCGGUGAGGAACCUAUCUUCGAUGGAGAGUCGUCUCCGUCCACGAGGUUCGACUCGCCCUCGCCGUUCAACCCGUACUACUUCACGCUGCCGCAGACGCCAGCUGAGCUGGUGGACGAGCCAAACCACAACGAGGCAAGUCCUCUGUCUCUCGUCCACGACGACUGGGUCGACCUCUUCCUCCAGACCGGCUCCUGCCCCGAGUGCUCGCGAUACUGCCUCCUCCUGGACCACAUGGCCCUCGGCUACUUCCCCUACUCUGAGCUCGCCGCCGUGCCCACCAAGUGUUCAAUGCUGGUCCUCAACCGUGGCACCGACGAAGGGGGCAACCUUCAAUUGCAACAUUCCACCACCUCACAGCUGCUUAACAGCGGGUACCUGUUCGACAUCCGGCCGGACCUGGUGAAGGGCGACUCUGUCGUGCUGCCACUGGAAUUCGCUUCCGCCGUAGAGGGUCGCGUGUUGCUGACGACGUGGUGGCCACAGGAUGCGGCGCUCCAGCAUGAGGCGGUUGGGGUGUUUCUCACUCACUCCAACUGGAACUCCUCCCAAGAGAGCCUCUGCGCGGGGGUGCCCAUGCCGAGCGUUCGUGCUCCAGCAGGUGUUGUUCAGUGCUCGUCAACAGGGCCACCCGUGUUCACGCUCAUCAACAGGGCCACCGGCCUCGCCAUCAAGCACUCGCUCGGCCAGUUCCAUCCCAUGCUGGUCCCUUACAACCCGGAGUACCUGGAUAGGACCCUGACAUCAAGUUUAUCACACAUGCUUCCAUAUGCAAAGACAUUUUCAGCUGCUGAUGGACGUUUGCCCCAAUGGCGCGCUUCUGAGUAUGAUGUUGAAUCAAGUUUCUCUAGUGAUGCCAUCCUAAAGGUCAGUGCGGCUGCUGAAACAGUCGAGAAAGUUUACCAGGGGCAAUUGGUUGGUCCAACCACAUUUGCAGCAAAGUUGCAGCCUUAUCUUUGGAGUUUUAAUCAGGUGAAAGAGAACAUCCUCUUCCAGCACAUCAACGUUGCCUGUGGCUACUACCCUGUUGGAAAGGGGUUUGUGCUGGUAGCUGACAACUUGGGUGAUGGCCUCUUUGCUGUCAGCAAUGAGUUUCACUCAGUCAUCGUCGUAUCCCAGAAUAUUGUGGACCAUAUCCGGCCAAGGUUUUUCACUGCUAAUCUCACCAAUGCAACCUCAAUUGAUGAUGCGAUUGUUUGGUUCUGUUCUGCAACCAAUGCCACACAUGCUGUUUCGAAAGUGUCUGAGAAUUAUUAUUUUUUUGCUUUGGAUCUAAUGCAUAUAAAGCCACCAUGGCCGCCACCUAUGCAGUUUACGAUACAGGACACGAUUACACAGUGCAACAUCUGGUAUCCAUCCGAGUGUGGGUGGGAUGUCGUGUCGUACAAGCAACCAUGGCCACCACAUGUGCAGUCGGUGCUCCUCGGUGAUGGUGUUCAAGUCAGACCUAUGCCAUGGCCAUCUUUUUACUGUUAUGCAGCUUGGGUGUGGUGGAUUAAAUCACUGGCCGUGAAUGGACCCAUCCUGCAAUAUUCAAGUCGUGCUUAAGAAAAGGAUGUCAUGCUUCUGGUUGAUCUUGAAAAGAAUAUCAUUGCAGGAGCAGACUUGAGUGAUUUAGCCGUGGAGCAUUCUUUUUGUCCAUCUAAAGAAAAUGGUGGUCAAGACGGUCAUCUUCUCAGAUUGGGAGACAUAGCUUCUAAAGGUACCCAACCAACAACUCAAGGCUGCUGAGUUUCUCCUGUAAGGCCAGCAUCAGUACUGCCCUUGUCUCUCACUCACCCAAACUAUGGGGUAAUCAGUGCUAAUCCCUGAAAGCUGAAGUAGAGUCAUCAAUCAUUGUCUACACUAUCAGCGGCUUGGGGGCAAGCCGCAUUUCAAGCGGUAGGGAAUGUUAGCAGUCCGGUGAGUGAAGCUACUGAUACUGAAGACGCGGGAGAAGAAAAGACGCGUCCAGUCGUAUGCGUCGUCCGAACAAGCGUGUUCAUGGCCAGAGUGUACCAAAUGAGUAUGGGCUGCGUCCCAGGGUAGUAUAAGUACUGAGUCUGUAAUAAUCAGGACAAGAAGAAUUUGGGUAAAGGAAUACAUCUAUCGCCAUCUUCCUGUCA